AUGAAAAAGGAGAGUUAUAGGUUUUUAAAUAUUUCUAUAAAUAAUGGAAGUGAUAAAAAAAAAAAAUCUAAUUUUUUUGUAAAAAUAAAAAAUGGAACAGAUUUAAAAGAUACUAAAAAGGACAGGAUAAGGUUUCAUUUUUAUUUUUAUUUUUUUAUUGUAAAAAUUAUUCUAUUAUCCCUUUUGAUAUGGACAGUGAUAUAUUCUAAUAAUUGUUCCAAUGGAAAAUACAAGAGUACAUUGUAUAUUGUGGGAAAUCAUUUACGCUUUAGAGGAUUUAGAAUAUUAGCAGAAAAUGAAUACGAGAUGAAAACAAAAUACAAAACAUUGAUGGUAAAUAUUGAUGAUAAUGAUUUAGGAAAAAGAGGAAAUAAAAUAAAACCGAAACAUAAGAAGGUUGAAAUAAACUUAAACGAUAAUAAUUUAUCUAAUAAUGAAAGUAAGAGAAAAAGUAGGAGAAAAAAAGUGAAAGUAAAUUUAAAAGAUAAUUUGGCAAAAAGAGAAGGGAAAAUGAAGCGGAGGAAUAAGAAAGAAAAGAGGAGGAAAGAAAAGGAUAAUAAAAAAAUGAACGAAUUAAAGUUAAAAAGAGAAUAUAAAGAAUCAUACCUUUUAGAUAAUAAGUCAGAUAUGGAUGUUAUAAGGAAUGAUAAAUUUUCCUAUUUUACUUUAUAUAAAAAUAAUUUGUUUCCUAAUUCUAAUAAUUAUUUUCUGCACAUGUUGAAGACUUAUGAUGAAGAAAAUAAAGGCAUAGAUGAAAAUACAGAUAUAAAUGAAAAUGUUGAGGAAAAUGAAUAUGUUGAUAAAAAUACAGAAGGAGAUAAAGAUGGGGAUGAAGACAAAGGUGGCGGUGAAAGUGAGGGAGGCGAUGGACAUGGAAGUGCAGGGGAUAGUGCAGGAGGUGAUAGAGGUGGUGAUGAAAAUAAGGAUAAAGAUAAUGAGGAAAAUAAAGAUAAAAAAGGGAAUAAGGAUGAUGAUGACGAAGAAGAAGAAGAGGAAGAAGAAGAUGAUGAAGAGAAGGAAGAAAAAGAUGAGAAGGAUGAAAAAGAUGAGAAGGAUGAAAAAGAUGAGAAGGAUGAAAAAGAUGAGAAGGAUGAAAAAGAUGAGAAGGAUGAAAAAGAUGAGAAGGAUGAAAAAGAUGAAAAAGGUGAAAAGGAUGAAAGUAAAGGUGAAGAAAAAUUUUUGAAAGAAGAAAAAAUGCCAAAAAAGGAAGAAAAUAUGCAAGAUAAAAUAGAAAGAGACAAAGAAUUUGAAGGUUUUAAGGAUGAAUAUUUUACGCAAAUGGAAGGAGGAGCUUAUGGUAUUACCGUUGAACAUGAGGGACAAAAAUUACGUGAAACAUUAACCGAAGGAGUGGAAGGCUAUGAGAAAGUUAUAGAGGAAAUGGAACAAACAAAAUUAGAUGAAUUUUUGUUACCAACAAAUGAGGGGAAAAGUGAUGAUUUUGUAUCUGAAAUGGAAGAGGAAAGACUCUUUAAUUUUGUAUCAUAUAUGGAAGAAGAGGUAAAAGAUAAAAUGUUCAUAGAACGGGAACAAGGAACUGAAGAAGAGGUUAUACAUGAAGAUUUAAGUGACGAAAAAAUUGGUAUAGAAAAAAAGGAACUAGAAACAUUUGUGCAAGAUGUUUCAGAUGAAGUUUUACAAGAUGAACAAUUGAUUGAAGAGGAAAAAUUGACUGAAGAGGAAAAAUUGACUGAAGAGGAAAAAUUGACUGAAGAGGAAAAAUUGACUGAAGAUGAACAAUUGAUUGAAGAGGAAAAAUUGACUGAAGAAGAAAAAUUGACUGAAGAAGAAAAAUUGACUGAAGAGGAAAAAUUGACUGAAGAGGAAAAAUUGACUGAAGAGGAAAAAUUGACUGAAGAGGAAAAAUUGACUGAAGAGGAAAAAUUGACUGAAGAGGAAAAAUUGACUGAAGAGGAAAUAUUUAUUGAAGAAGACAAAAUAUCACCAAAAGAGGUAGAAGAACCACUUGAGGAUGUACUAAUGGAAAAAAUGGAAAAGGAAUAUAAAGAAAUUUUACAUGAAGGAAAAAGUGUAGUAACUCAAGAUAUGGAUGAGAAAUUAUUAUCUGAAAAUCUCGAAGAUGAUUUAAUACCAGAAGAAAUAAUUGAGGAAUUGGUGGAUGAAGAACUUGUUGAAGAAGUAACAGCAGAGGAAAUAGUUGAAGAGUUUGUAGCAGAAGUAGAAAUUGAGGAAAAAAUACCUAAAGAAUUAGUUGAAGAGGUUAUGCCUGAAGAAGAUGUUGACGAGGUUGUACCAGAGGAAUUAGUUGAAGAGGUUGUACCAGAAGAAUUGAUUGAAGGGGUGAUACCUGAGGAAUUAGUUGAAGAUGUUAUACCCGAAAAAGUUCUUGAAAAGGUUAUACCAGAAGAAAUAAUUGAAGAAUUGGUUCUUGAAGAAGUUGUUGAAGAGAUUAAACAUGAGGAAUUAGUAGAAGAGGAGAUACCUGAGGAAGUAACAGAAGAAGUUAUACCUGACGAAGUUGUUGAAGAGGUUAUACCUGAAGAAUUAAUUGAAAAGGUUGUUAAAGAAGAAUUAGUUGAAAAGGUGGUUGCAGAAGAAAUUGUAGAAGAGGUUGUACCAGAAGAAUUAGUAGAAAAGGUGGUUGCAGAGGAAAUUGUAGAAGAGGUUAUACCUGAAGAAUUAAUUGAAGAGGUGAUAACUGAAAAACCUGCUGAAGAGGUUAUACCAGAAGAACUUGUAGAAGAAGUUAUACCAAAAGAAAUAGUUGAAGAGGUACUACCUGAAGAAGUUGUUAAAGAGGUUAUACCUGAAGAAGUUGUUGAAGAGGUUAUACCAGAAGAACUUGUAGAAGAAGUUAUACCAGAAGAAAUAGUUGAAGAGGUUGUACCAGAAGAAUUAGUUGAAGAGAUGAAACCUGAAGAAGUUGUUGAAGAGGUGAUAUCAGAAGAAUUAGUUGAAGAGAUGAAACCUGAAGAAGUUGUUGAAGAGAUGAAACCUGAAGAAGUUGUUGAGGAGGUUACUCCUGAAAAAGUUGUUGAAGAGGUUGUACCAGAAGAAUUAGUUGAAGAGAUGAAACCUGAAGAAGUUGUUGAGGAGGUGAUAUCAGAAGAAUUAGUUGAAGAGAUGAAACCUGAAGAAGUUGUUGAGGAGGUUACUCCUGAAAAAGUUGUUGAAGAGGUUGUACCAGAAGAAUUAGUUGAAGAGAUGAAACCUGAAGAAGUUGUUGAGGAGGUGAUAUCAGAAGAAUUAGUUGAAGAGAUGAAACCUGAAGAAGUUGUUGAGGAGGUGAUAUCAGAAGAAUUAGUUGAAGAGAUGAAACCUGAAGAAGUUGUUGAGGAGGUUACUCCUGAAAAAGUUGUUGAAGAGGUUGUACCAGAAGAAUUAGUUGAAGAGAUGAAACCUGAAGAAGUUGUUGAGGAGGUGAUAUCAGAAGAAUUAGUUGAAGAGAUGAAACCUGAAGAAGUUGUUGAGGAGGUUACUCCUGAAAAAGUUGUUGAAGAGGUUGUACCAGAAGAAUUAGUUGAAGAGAUGAAACCUGAAGAAGUUGUUGAGGAGGUGAUAUCAGAAGAAUUAGUUGAAGAGAUGAAACCUGAAGAAGUUGUUGAGGAGGUUGUACCAGAAGAAUUGGUUGAAGAGGUUAUACCUGAAGAAGUUGUUGAAGAGAUUAUUCCUGAAGAAGUUGUUCACGAGGCGAAACAUGAGGAAUUAUUUGAAAAAACUGUCCCAGAAGUAGAAGUUCAGGAAAUUAUACCUAAAGAAUUAGUUGAGGUUAUACCAGAAGAGGUUCUACCUGAAGAAUUGAUUGAAGAAGUAAUACCUGAGGAAAUAAUUGAAGAGGUUAUACCAGAAGAAGUUGUUGAAGAAGUAAUACCUGAGGAAAUAGUUCAAGAGGUAAUACCAGAAGAUUUGAUGGAAGAGGUUGUACCAGAAGAAAUAAUAGAAGAAAAGAUACUUGAGGAAAUAGUAGAAGAGGAAAUACAUGAGGAAAUAGUAGAAGAAAUAAUAUCUGAAGAAGUUGUCGAAGAGGUAGUACCUGCAGAAGUCGUUGAAGAAAUGAUACCUGAAAAACUAGUAGAAGAAGUUAUACCAGAGGAAUUAGUUGAAGAAGUGAUAUCUGAAGAAUUAGUUGAAGAAGUUGUACCAGUAGAAGUAUUAGAAGAAGUUGUACCAGUAGAAGUAUUAGAAGAAGUUAUACCUGAAGAAGUUGUUGAAGAAGUAAUACCAGAAGAAUUUAUUGAAGAAAUGAUACCUGAGGAAAUAGUUGAAGAAGUGGUACCUGAAGUUGUUGAAGAAGUAAUACCAGAGGAAUUAGUUGAAGAAGUUGUACCAGUAGAACUAUUAGAAGAAGUUAUACCAGAAGAACUAUUAGAAGAAGUUAUACCAGAGGAAUUAGUUGAAGAAGUUGUACCAGAGGAACUAGUAGAAGACGUAAUACCUGAAGAAUUGAUUGCAGAGGUUGUAUCAGAGGAAUUAGUUGAAGAAGAGAUACCUGAAGAAGUACUAGAAGAAGUUAUACCAGAGGAAUUAGUUGAAGAGGUUAUACCUGAAGAACUAGUAGAAGAAGUUAUACCUGAGGUAUUAGUUGAAGAGGUUAUACCUGAAGAACUAGUAGAAGAAGUUAUACCUGAGGUAUUAGUUGAGGAAGAAGUACCUGAAGAACUAGUAGAAGAAGUUAUACCUGAGUUAUUAGUUGCAGAGGUUAUACCAGAAGAAUUGGUUGCAGAGGUUAUACCAGAAGAAUUUGUUGAAGAGGUGAUACCUGAAGAAGUUGUGGAAGAGCUUGUACCAGAGGAAUUAGUUGAAGAGGUUAUACCUGAAGAAAUUGUUGAAGAGGUUGUUGAAGAAGUUGUUGAAGAAAUAAUACCUGAAGAAGUUAUUGAAGAAGUAAUACCCGAGGAAAUAGUUAAAGAAGUGGUGCCAGAAGUAUUGGUUGAAGAGGUUGUACCUGAAGAGAUUGUUGAAGAGGUUGUACCUGAAGAGAUUGUUGAAGAGGUUGUACCAGAAGAAUUAGUUGAAGAGGUUGUACCAGAGGAAUUAAUUGAAGAGGUGAUACCUGAAGAAUUAGUUGAAGAAGUUAUUCCUGAGGUAUUAGUUGAAGAAGUUAUACCUGAAGUAUUAGUUGAAGAAAUGGUACUUGAAGAACUAGUAGAAGAAGUUAUACCUGAAGUAUUAGUUGAAGAGAUGGUACCUGAAGAAGUUGUUGAAAAGAUGGUACUUGAAGAGGUUGUUGAAGAGGUGAUACCUGAAGAGGUUGUUGAAGAGGUGAUACCUGAAGAAGAUGUUGAACAAGUUAUACCUGAGGAACUAAUUGAAGAGGUUGUACCAGAAGAAGUCAUAGAAGAAGUAAUAACUGAAGAGGUUGUAGAAGAGGUAUUACCUGAAGAACUAGUUGAAAAGGUUGUUGAGGAAGAAAUUCUAGAAGAGGUGAUACCUGAGGAAUUAGUUGAAGAGGUUGUACGAGAAGAAUUAAUUGAAGAGGUGGUAACUGAAGAACUAGUUGAAAAGGUUGUUGAGGAAGAAAUUGUCGAAGAGGUGGUACUUGCAGAAGUCGUUGAAGAAGUAAUACCUCAGGAAAUAGUUGAAGAGGUUAUACCAGAAGAAGUUGUUGAAGAAGUAAUACCUAAGGAAAUAGUUGAAGAGGUGAUACCUGAAGAACUAGUUGAAGAGGUUGUACCAGAAGAAUUGGUUGCAGAGGUUAUACCAGAAGAAUUGGUUGCAGAGGUUAUACCAGAAGAAUUGAUUGAAGAGGUUGUAACAGAGGAGUUAGUUGAAGAGGUGAUACCUGAAGAAGUUGUUGAAGAGGUGAUACCUGAAGAAGUUGUUGAAGAGGUUGUACCAGAAGAACUAGUAGAAGAGGUUGUACCAGAGGAAUUAGUUGAAGAGGUUGUACCUGAAGAGAUUGUUGAAGAGUUAUUACCUAAAGAAGUUGUUGAAGAGGUGAUAUAUGAAGAACAAGUAGAAGAGGUUAUACCUGAAGAAUUGGUUGCAGAGGUUAUACCUGAAAAGCUAGUAGAAGAAGUUAUACCAGAAGAACUUGUAGAAGAAGUUAUACCUGAAGAAUUAGUUGAAGAGGUUGUACCAGAGGUUGUUGAAGAGGUGGUACCAGAAGAACUAGUAGAAGAAGUUAUACCUGAAGAACUAGUAGAAGAAGUUAUACCUGAGGUAUUAGUUGAGGAAGAAGUACCUGAAGAACUAGUAGAAGAAGUUAUACCAGAGGAAUUAGUUGAAGAGAUGUUACCAGAAGAAUUGAUUGAAGUGGUUGUACCAGAGGAAUUAGUUGAAGAGGUGGUACCAGAAGAACUAGUAGAAGAGGUGGUACCAGAAGAAGUAGUAGAAGAAGUUAUACCAGAAGAACUAAUUGAAGAAUUAGUACCUGAAGUAGAAAUUGAGGAGAUAUUACCAGAAGAACUAAUUGAAGAAUUAGUACCUGAAGAAAUAAUUGAGGAAGUUAUACCUAAGGAAUUGAUUGAAGAAGUGAUACCAGAAGUAGUUGUUGAAGAGGUUGUACCAGAGGUUGUUGAAGAGGUUGUACCAGAAAUUGUUGAAGAGGUUGUACCAGAAGUUGUUGAAGAGGUUGUACCAGAAGAAAUAAUAGAAGAAAAGAUAUCUGAAGAAGUAGUAGAAGAGGUAUUACCUAAAGAAAUAGUAGAAGAGGUUAUACCUGAAGAACUAGUUGAAGAGGUUGUACCAGAAGAACUGGUUGCAGAGGUUAUACCUGAAGAACUAGUAGAAGAAGUUAUACCUGAGGUAUUAUUUGAAGAAGAGAUACCUGAAGUAGUUGUUGAAGAGGUUGUACCAGAAGUUGUUGAAGAAGAGAUACCUGAAGUAGUUGUUGAAGAGGUUGUACCAGAAGUUGUUGAAGAAGUGAUACCAGAAGAACUAGUAGAAGAAGUAAUACCUGAAGAACUAAUUGAAGAGGUUAUACCUGAAGAAGUUGCUGAAGAGGUUCUACCAGAAGAAUUGAUUGAAGAAGUAAUACCUGAAGAACUAGUUGAAGAGGUUGUACCAGAAGAAUUGGUUGCAGAGGUUAUACCUGAAGAAAUUGUUGAAGAGGUUGUACGAGAGGAAUUAGUUGAAGAGGUGGUACCUGAAGAAGUUGUUGAAGAAGUAAUACCUAAGGAAAUAGUUGAAGAGGUUGUAUCAGAAGAAGUUGUUGAAGAAGUAAUACCUAAGGAAAUAGUUGAGGAAGAAGUACCUGAAGAACUAGUAGAAGUUGUACCAGAGGAAUUAGUUGAAGAAGUUGUACCAGAGGAAUUAGUUGAAGAAGUUGUACCAGAGGAAUUAGUUGAAGAAGUUGUACCAGAGGAAUUAGUUGAAGAAGUUGUACCAGAGGAAUUAGUUGAAGAAGUUGUACCAGAAGUUGUUGAAGAGGUACAAGAGCAAUUAGUUGAAGAGUUUAUACCUGAAGAAGUUGUGGAAGAGCUUGUACCAGAGGAAUUAGUUGAAGAGGUUAUACCAGAAGAACUUGUAGAAGAAGUUAUACCAGAAGAAAUAGUUGAAGAGGUACUACCUGAAGAAGUUGUUAAAGAGGUUAUACCUGAAGAAGUUGUUGAAGAGGUUAUACCAGAAGAACUUGUAGAAGAAGUUAUACCAGAAGAAAUAGUUGAAGAGGUACUACCUGAAGAAGUUGUUAAAGAGGUUAUACCUGAAGAAGUUGUUGAAGAGGUUAUACCAGAAGAACUUGUAGAAGAAGUUAUACCAGAAGAACUAGUAGAAGAAGUUAUACCUGAAGAAUUAGUUGAAGAGGUUGUAUCAGAGGAAUUAGUAGAAGAAGUUAUACCUGAGGAAAUAGUUGAAGAAGUAAUACCUGAAGAACUACUUGAAGAAGUUGUGGAAGAGGUUGUACCAGAAAUUGUUGAAGAGGUUGUACCAGAAGUUGUUGAAGAGGUGAUAACUGAAGAAGUUAUACCAGAAGAAUUAAUUAAAGAGGUUAUACCUGAAGAACUAGUAGAAGAAGUUAUACCUGAAGAAAUUGUUGAAGAAGUAAUACCUGAGGAAAUAGUUGAAGAAGUAAUAUCUGAAGAGGUUGUCGAAGAGGUGGUACCUGAAGUAGUCGUUGAAGAAGUAAUACCUGAGGAAAUAGUUGAAGAGGUACUACCUAAAGAAAUAGUGGAAGAGGUAAUAUCUGAAAAGGUUGUCGAAGAGAUGAUACCUGAAGAACUAGUAGAAGAAGUUAUACCUGAAGAAGUUGUUGAAGAAGUCAUACCAGAAGUAGAAAUUGAGGAGAUAUUACCAGAAGAACUAAUUGAAGAAUUAGUAGCUGAAGAAGUUAUUGAGGAAGUUAUACCUAAGGAAUUGAUCGAAGAAGUGAUACCUGAGAAAUUAAUUGAAGAUGUUGUUCCAGAAGAAAUAGUUGAAGAGGUACUACCUGAAGAAGUUGUUAAAGAGGUUAUACCUGAAGAAGUUGUGGAAGAGGUUUUGCCAGAGGAAUUAGUUGAAGAGGUGAUACCAGAAGUAGUUGAAGAGGUUGUACCAGAGGAAUUAGUUGAAGAAGUGUUACCUAAAGAAGUUGUUGAAGAAGUAAUACCAGAAGUAGAAAUUGAGGAGAUAUUACCAGAAGAAAUAAUUGAAGAAUUAGUAGCUAAAGAAGUUAUUGAGGAAGUUAUACCUAAGGAAUUGAUUGAAGAAGCGAUAACUGAAGAAGUUGUUGAAGAAAUGAUACCUGAGGAAAUAAUUGAAGAGGUUGUACCAGAAGAAGUUAUCGAAGAAGUAAUAACUGAAGAGGUUGUUGAAGAGGUUGUACCGGAAGAAGUUAUCGAAGAAGUAAUAACUGAAGAGGUUGUUGAAGAGGCGAUACCUGAAGAAGUUGUUGAAGAAGUAAUACCUGAAGUAGAAAUUGAGGAGGUAUUACCAGAAGAAUUAAUUGAAGAAUUAGUACCUGAAGAAGUUACUGAGGAAGUAAUAACUGAAGAGGUUGUUGAAGAGGCGAUAUCUGAAGUUGUUGAAGAAGUAAUACCUGAGGAAAUAGUUAAAGAGGUAAUACCUGAAGAAGUUGUUGAAGAAAUAAUAACUGAAGAGAUUGCUGAAGAAAUAAUACCUAAAGAAUUAGUUGAAGAGGUGAUACCUGAAGAAGUUGUUGUAGAGAUUAUACCUGAGAAAUUAGUUGAAGAGUUUGUAAGUGAAGAAUUAGUUGAAGAGUUGGUACCUGAAGAAAUUGUUGAAAAGGUUGUCCCAGAGGAAUUAGUUGAAGAGAUUGUACCAGAGGAAUUAGUUGAAGAGGUUGUACCUGAAGAACUAGUAGAAGAAGUUAUACCAGAGGAAUUAGUUGAAGAGUUUAUACCUGAAGAAGUUGUGGAAGAGGUUUUACCAGAACAAUUAGUUGAAGAGGUGAUAUCAGAAGUAGUUGAAGAGGUUGUACCAGAGGAAUUAGUUGAAGAGGUGAUACCUGAAGAAGUAGUUGAAGAAUUAGUAGCUGAAGAAGUUAUUGAGGAAGUUAUACCUAAGGAAUUGAUUGAAGAAGCGAUAACUGAAGAAGUUGAAGAAGUAAUACCUGAGGAAAUAGUUGAAGAGGUUAUACCUGAAGAAGUUGUUAAAGAAGUAAUACCUGAAGUAGAAAUUGAGGAGAUAUUACCAGAAGAACUAAUUGAAGAAUUAGUAGCUAAAGAAGUUAUUGAGGAAGUAAUAACUGAAGAGGUUGCUGAAGAAGUAAUACCUGAGGAAAUAGUUCAAGAGGUAAUACCUGAAGAAGUUGUUGAAGAAAUAAUAACUGAAGUAGAAAUUGAGGAGGUACUACCAGAAGAAUUAAUUGAUGAAGUAGUACCUGAAGAAGUUACUGAGGAAGUAAUAACUGAAGAGGUUAUGCCUGAAGAAGUUGUUAAAGAAGUAAUACCUGAAGAGAUUGCUGAAGAAGUAAUACCUAAAGAAUUAGUUGAAGAGGUGAUACCUGAAGAAGUUGUUGAAGAAAUUAUACCUGAAGUAGAAAUUGAGGAGGUAUUACCAGAAGAAGUCAUUGAAGAGGUGGUACCAGAAGUAGAAAUUGAGGAAUUAAUACCAGAUGAAGUUGUGGAAGAGGUUUUACCAGAGGAAUUAGUUGAAGAGGUGAUACCUGAAGAAGUUGCUGUAGAGGUUGUACCAGAAGAAGUUAUUGAAGAGGCUGUACCAGAAGAAAUAGUAGAAGAAUUCAUUCCAGAAGAACAAAUUGAAGAGGUUAUACAAGAAGAAAUAAUUGAACAAGUUGUACCAGAAGAAUUAAUUGAAGAAGUUGUACCAGAAGAAAUAAUUGAAGAGGUUAUACCAGAAGAAAUAGUUGAAGAGGUAAUAUAUGAAGAGGUGAUACCUGAAGAACUAGUAGAAGAAGUUAUAGCUGAGAAACUGGUUAAAGAGAUUGUACCAGAACAAGUUCGUGAAGAAGUAACAUUAGAGGAAAUCGUUGAGGAGAUGAUACCCGAAGAAUUUGUAGAAGAGGUUGCACCAGAAGUUGAAAUCGAGGAAAUAAUUCCUGAGGAAUUAAUAGAAGAAGUUAUACCAGAGGUAUUAGUUGAAGAGGCUGUACCAGAAGAACUAAUAGAAAAAGUUAUACCUGAGGUAUUAGUUGAAGAGAUAAUAUAUAAAGAGGGAAUACCUGAGGUAUUAAUUGAAGAGGUUAUACCAGAGGAAUUAGUUCAAGAGGUGAUACCUGAAGAAAUUGUUGAAGAGGUUGUACCAGAAGAAUUUAUUGAAGAAAUGAUACCUCAAGAAGUUGUUAAAGAAGUAAUAACAGAAAAAUUCAUUGAAGAAAUGAUACCUGAGGAAGUAGUUGAAGAAGUAAUACCAGAAGAAUUUAUUGAAGAAAUGAUACCUGAAGUAGUUGUUGAAGAGGUUGUACCAGAGGAAUUAGUUGAAGAGAUGUUACCAGAAGAAUUGAUUGAAGUAGUUGUACCAGAGGAAUUAAUUGAAGAGGUGAUACCAGAGGAAUUAGUUGAAGAGGUGGUAGCAGAAGAACUAGUAGAAGAAGUUAUUCCAGAAGAACUAGUAGAAAAAGUUGUACCAGAAGUUGUUGAAGAGUUCAUACAUGAAGUUGUUGAAGAGGUUGUACCAGAAGUUGUUGAAGAGGUUGUACCAGAAGUUGUUGAAGAGGUUGUACCAGAAGUUGUUGAAGAGGUUGUACCAGAAGUUGUUGAAGAGGUUGUACCAGAAGUUGUUGAAGAGGUUGUACCAGAAGUUGUUGAAGAGGUUGUACCAGAAGUUGUUGAAGAGGUUGUACCAGAAGUUGUUGAAGAGGUUGUACCAGAAGUUGUUGAAGAGGUUGUACCAGAAGAACUAGUAGAAGAAGUUAUACCUGAGGUAUUAUUUGAAGAAGAGAUACCUGAAGAAUUAGUUGAAGUUGUACCAGUAGAACUAUUAGAAGAAGCUAUACCAGAGGAAUUAGUUGAAGAAGUUAUACCAGAGGAAUUAGUUGAAGAAGUUAUACCAGAGGAAUUAGUUGAAGAAGUUAUACCAGAAGAAUUAGUUGAAGAAGUUAUACUAGAGGAAUUAGUUGAAGAAGUUAUACCAGAGGAACUAGUUGAAGAGGUGAUACCUGAAGAACUAGUAGAAGAAGUUAUACCUGAGGUAUUAGUUGAAGAGGAGAUACCUGAAAAACUAGUUGAAGAGGAUAUACCUGAAAAACUAGUUGAAGAAGUUGUACCAGAAGAACUAGUAGAAGUAGUUAUACCAGAAGAACUUGUAGAAGAAGUUAUACCAGAGGAAUUAGUUAAAGAAGUUAUACCGGAGGAAUUAGUUAAAGAAGUAGUGCCAGAAGAAUUGGUUGAAGAGGAGAUACCAAAAGUUGUGGAAGAGGUUUUACCAGAGGAAUUAGUUGAAGAGGUGAUGCUGGAAGAAGUUGUUGAAGAGGUUGUACCAGAAAUUGUUGAAGAGGUUGUACCAGAAGAAUUGGUUGAAGAGGUUGUACCAGAAGUUGUUGAAGAGGUUGUACCUGAAGAAAUUGUUGAAGAGGUGAUACCUGAAGAAUUGGUUGAAGAGGUUGUAAAAGAAGAAUUGGUUGAAGAGGUUGUAAAAGAAGAAUUGGUUGAAGAGGUUGUAAAAGAAGAACUAGUAGAAGAGGUUAUACCUGAGGUAUUAGUUGAAGAGGUUGUACCAGAAGAACUAUUAGAAGAAGUUAUACCUAAGGUAUUAGUUGAAGAAGUUAUACCUGAGUUAUUAGUUGAAGAAGUUGUACCAGAAGUUAUUGAAGAGGUUGUACCAGAAGUUGUUGAAGAGGUAGUACCAGAAGAACUAUUAGAAGAAGUUAUACCUGAGGUAUUAGUUGAAGAGGAGAUACCUGAAAAACUAGUUGAAGAAGUUGUACCAGAAGAACUAGUAGAAGAGGUUAUACCUGAGGUAUUAGUUGAAGAAGUUGUACCAGAAGAACUAGUAGAAGAAGUUAUAUCAGAAGAACUAGUAGAAGAAGUAAUACCUGAGGAACUAGUUGAAGAGGUGAUACCUGAAGAAGUUGUGGAAGAGGUUGUACCAGAAGUUGUGGAAGAGGUUGUACCAGAAGUUGUGGAAGAGGUUGUACCAGAAGUUGUUGAAGAGGUUGUACCAGAAGUUGUGGAAGAGGUUGUACCAGAAGUUGUUGAAGAGGUUGUACCAGAAGUUGUGGAAGAGGUUGUACCAGAAGUUGUUGAAGAGGUUGUACCAGAAGUUGUGGAAGAGGUUGUACCAGAAGUUGUUGAAGAGGUUGUACCAGAAGAAUUGAUUGAAGAAGUAAUACCUGAAGAAAUAGUUGAAGAGGUUAUACCAGAAGAAUUGGUUGCAGAGGUUAUACCAGAAAAACUUGUAGAAGAAGUUAUACCAGAAGAACUAGUAGAAGAAGUUAUACCAGAAGAACUAGUAGAAGAAGUUAUACCUGAAGAAUUAGUUGAAGAGGUCUUACCAGAAGAAGUUGUUGAAGAGGCUGUACCAGAAGUUGUUGAAGAGAUUGUACCAGAAGAAUUGAUUGAAGAAGUAAUACCUGAGGAAUUAAUUAAAGAGGUUGUACCAGAAGAAGUCAUAGAAGAAGUAAUAACUGAAGAGGUUGUAGAAGAGGUAUUACCUGAAGAAAUAGUUGAAGAGGUCUUACCAGAAGAAGUUAUUGAAGAGGUUGUACCAGAGGAAUUAGUUGAAGAGGUCUUACCAGAAGAAGUUGUUGAAGAGGUUGUACCAGAGGAAUUAGUUGAAGAGGUGGUACCAGAAGAACUAGUAGAAGAAGUUAUACCAGAGGAAUUAGUUGAAGAGGUCUUACCAGAAGAAGUUGUUGAAGAGGUGGUACCAAAAGAACUAGUAGAAGAACUUAUACCAGAAGAACUAGUAGAAGAAGUUAUACCUGAAGAACUAGUUGAAGAGGUUGUACCAGAAGAAUUGGUUGCAGAGGUUAUACCAGAAGAACUUGUAGAAGAAGUUAUACCAGAAGAACUAGUAGAAGAAGUUAUACCUGAGGAACUAGUUGAAGAAGAGAUACCUGAAGAACUAGUAGAAGAAGUAAUACUUGAGGAAUUAGUUGAAGAGGUUGUUCCAGAAGAAUUGAUUGAAGAAGUGGUACCAGAAGAAUUGAUUGAAGAAGUGGUACCAGAAGAAUUGAUUGAAGAAGUUGUUGAAAAAGUAAUACCUGAGGAAAUAAUUGAAGAGGUUGUACCAGAAGAAGUUAUCGAAGAAGUAAUAACUGAAGAGGUUGUUGAAGAGGUUGUACCAGAAAAAGUUAUCGAAGAAGUAAUAACUGAAGAGGUUGUUGAAGAGGUUGUACCAGAAGAAGUUAUCGAUGAAGUAAUAACUGAAGAGGUUGUUGAAGAGGUUGUACCAGAAGAAGUUAUCGAAGAAGUAAUAAUUGAAGAGGUUGUUGAAGAGGUUGUACCAGAAGAAGUUAUCGAAGAAGUAAUAACUGAAGAGGUUGUUGAAGAGGCGAUACCUGAAGAACUAGUAGAAGAAGUUAUACCUGAGGUAUUGGUUGAAGAAGAGAUACCUGAAGAACUAGUAGAAGAAGUAAUACUUGAGGAAUUAGUUGAAGAGGUUGUGGCAGAAGAAUUGAUUGAAGAAGUUGUUGAAGAAGUGAUACCUGAAAAAUUAGUAGAAGAAGUUAUACCUGAGGAAAUAGUUGAAGAAGUAAUACCUGAAGAACUAGUUGAAGUAGUUGUACCAGAAGAACUAGUAGAAGAAGUUAUACCAGAGGAAUUAGUUGAAGAGGUGAUACAUGAAGAACUAGUAGAAGAAGUUAUACCAGAGGAAUUAGUUGAAGAGGUGAUACAUGAAGAAAUUGUUGAAGAAGUUAUACCUGAAGAAGUUGUUGAAGAGGUUAUACCUGAAGAGAUUGUUGAAGAGGUUGUACCAGAAGAACUAUUAGAAGAAGUUAUACCUGAGUUAUUAGUUGAAGAAGUUGUACCAGAGGUUGUUGAAGAGGUUGUACCAGUAGAACUAUUAGAAGAAGUUGUUGAAGAGGUGAUAACUGAAGAAGUUAUACCAGAAGAAUUAAUUAAAGAGGUUAUAUCUGAGGAACUUGUUGAAGAGUUGAUACCUGAGGAAGUUGUUCAAGAGGUCAUAACUGAAGAAGUUCUUGAAGAAGUUAUACCAGAAGAAAUAGUUGAAGAGUUGAUACCUGAGAAAUUAAUUGGAGAAGUGGUACCUGAAAAAGUUGUUGAAGAGGUUGUAUUAGAAGAAGUUGUUGAAGAAGUAAUACCUGAGGAAAUAGUUGAAGAGGUCAUAACUGAAGAGGUUCUUGCAGAAGAAAUAGUUGAAGAGUUUGUACCAGAGGAAUUAGUUGAAGAAAUGUUACCUGAAGAGGUUGUUGAAGAGAGGGUACGAGAAGUAGAAAUUGAGGAAAUGGUACCAGAGGUAUUGGUUGAGGAGGUGUUACCUGAAGUUGUUGAAGAAGUAAUAACUGAAGAGGUUGUUGAAGAAAUGGUACCUGAAGAGGUUGUUGAAGAAAUGGUACCAAAAGAAAUAGUUGAAGAAGUAUUACCUGAAGAAGUUGUUGAAGAAGUGAUACCUGAAGAAGUCGUUGAAGAAAUGGUACCAGAGGUAUUGGUUGAAGAGGUUGUACCUGAAGAGAUUGUUGAAAAGGUGGUACCCGAAGAAGUUGUUGAAGAAGUAGUAGCUGAAGAAAUAAUUGAAGAAGUAAUAACUGAAGAAGUUGUUGAAGAAAUAGUACCGGGAGAGGUUGUUGAAGAAAUGGUACCUGAGGAAAUAAUUGAAGAGGUUGUACCAGAAGAAGUUAUCGAAGAAGUAAUAACUGAAGAGGUUGUUGAAGAGGUGAUACCUGAAGAACUAGUAGAAGAAGUAAUACCUGAAAUAUCAGUAGAAGUGGAGAUACCUGAGGUAUUAGUUGAAGAAGUGAUACCUGAAAAAUUAGUUAAAGUAGUACCAGAAGAACUAGUAGAAGAAGUUAUACCAGAAGAACUAGUAGAAGAAGUUAUAACUGAGGCAUUAGUUGAAGAGGUUGUUGAUGUGGUGGUACCAGAAGAAAUAUUUGAAGAAGUAUUACCUGAAGAAGUUGUUGAAGAAGUGAUACCUGAAGAAGUUGUUGAAGAGAUGGUACCUGAAGAGGUUGUUGAAGAGGUUGUACCAGAGGAAUUAGUUGAAGAGGUGAUACCUGAAGAAGUUGUUGAAAAGGUUGUGCCAGAGCAAUUAGUUGAAAAGGUUGUGCCAGAGGAAUUAGUUGAAAAGGUUUUACCAGAGGAAUUAGUUGAAGAGGUUGUACCAGAAGAAUUAAUUGAAGAGGUGGUAACUGAAGAAGUUAUUGAAGAGAUUAUUCCAGAAGAAAUAAUUGAAGAAAUAAUACCUGAAGAGGUUGUUGAAGAGAGGGUUUCUAUAGAAGUAGUUGAAGAGUUGGUACCUGAAGAAUUGAUUGAAGAGGUUGUUGCAGAAGAAAUAUUUGAAGAGGUUGUACCAGAAAAAUUGAUUGAAGAAGUUGUAGCAGAAGAAUUGAUUGAAGAAAUGGUACCAGAAGUGGUUGAAGAAGUUGUUGAAGAAAUAAUACCUGAGGAAGUUAUUGAAGAAGUAAUACCUGAAGAAAUUCGUGAAGAAAUAAUACCUGAAGAGGUUGUUGAAGAAGUUAUUGAAGAAGUAAUACCUGAGGAAUUAAUUGAAGAGGAAAUAUCUAGAGAAAUUGUUGAAGAAGUAAUACCUGAAGAAGUUGUUGAAGAAAUGAUGCCUGAGGAAGUUAUUGAAGAAGUAAUUCCUGAAGAAAUUCGUGAAGAAAUGAUACCUGAAGAAGUUGUUGAAGAAAUGAUACCUGAAAUAGAAAUUGAGCAGGUAUUACCAGAAGAACUAAUUGAAGAAUUAGUACCUGAAGUAGAAAUUGAGGAGAUAUUACCAGAAGAACUAAUUGAAGAAUUAGUACCUGAAGGAGUUAUUGAGGAAGUUAUACCUAAGGAAUUAAUUGAAGAAGUAAUACCUGAGGAAUUAAUUAAAGAGGUUGUACCUGAAGAAGUUGUUGAAGAAGUAAUACCUAAGGAAAUAGUUGAAGAGGUUGUACCAGAAGAAUUGAUUGAAGAAGUAAUACCUGAGGAACUAAUUGAAGAGGUUGUACCAGAAGAAAUGAUUGAAGAAGUAAUACCUGAGGAACUAAUUGAAGAGGUUGUACCAGAAGAAAUGAUUGAAGAAGUAAUACCUGAGGAACUAAUUGAAGAGGUUGUACCAGAAGAAGUCAAAGAAGAAGUAAUACCUGUGGAACUAAUUGAAGAGGUUGUACCAGAAGAAAUGAUUGAAGAAGUAAUAUCUGAAGAGGUUGUAGAAGAGGUGAUACCUGAAGAACUAGUAGAAGAAGUUUUACCUGAGGUAUUCGUUGAAGAAAUUGUACCAAAGGAAUUAGUAGAAGAAGUUAUACCUGAGGAAAUAGUUGAAGAAGUAAUACCUGAAGAACUAGUUGAAGAAGUAAUACCUGAAGAACUAGUUGAAGAAGUUAUAUCAGAAGAACUAUUAGAAGAAGUUAUACCUGAGUUAUUAGUUGAAGAAGUUGUACCAGAAGUUAUUGAAGAGGUUGUACCAGAAGUUGUUGAAGAGGUGAUACCGGAAGUAGUUGAAGAGGUUGUAACAGAGGAAUUAGUUGAAGAGGUGAUACCUGAAGAAGUUGUUGAAGAAAUGAUACCUGGAGUAGAAAUUGAGGAGGUAUUACCAGAAGAACUAGUAGAAGAAGUAAUACCUGAGGAAAUAGUUGAAGAAGUAAUAUCUGAAGAAGAUUUCGAAGAAGUGAUACCUGAAGCACUAGUAGAAGAAGUUAUACCUGAGUUAUUAGUUGAAGAGGUUGUACUAGAAGAAUUAAUUGAAGAAGUAAUACCUGAAGUUGUUGAAGAGGUGAUACCUGAAGAGGUUGUUGAAGAGGUGAUACCUGAAGAAGUUGUUGAAAAGGUUGUCCCAGAGGAAUUAGUUGAAGAAGUUAUACCAGAAGAACUAGUUGAAGAGGUGAUACCUGAAGAAGUUCCUGAAGAGGUUGUACCAGAAGAACUAGUAGAAGAAGUUAUAUCAGAAGAACUAGUAGAAGAAGUUAUACCUGAAGAAAUUGUUGAAGAAGUAAUACCUGAGGAAAUAGUUGAAGAGGUUAUGCCUGAAGAAGUUGCGGAAGAGGUUGUACCAGAGGAAUUAGUUGAAGAAGAAGUACCUGAAGAACUAGUAGAAGAAGUUAUACCUGAAGUAUUAGUAGAAGAAGUUAUACCUGAAGAAAUAGUUGAAGAAGUGGUACCUGAAGAAGUUGUUGAAGUGGUUAUACCUGAAGAAUUUAUUGAAGAAAUAAUACCUGAAGAAGUUGUUGUAGAAGUAACACCAGAAGAAUUGAUUGAAGAAAUGAAACCUGAAGAAUUAUUUGAAGAAGUAAUACCAAAAGAAUUGAUCGAAGAAAUUAUACCUGAGGAAUUAAUUAAGGAGGUAAUUCCAGAAGAAAUAAUUGAAGAGGUCAUAUCUAAAGAGAUAGUUGAAGAAGUGGUAGAAGAAGAAAUAAUUGAAGAAGUUAUACCUGAAGAAAUAGUUGAAGAGGUUGUACCAGAGGAAUUAGUUGAAAAAAAGGUACCAGAAGAAAUAGUUGAAGAGGUAAUAUAUGAAGAGUUUCUUGAAGAAAUUAUGCCAGAAGAAUUGAUUGAAGAAAUGAAACCUGAGGAAUUAAUUGAAGAGAUAAUACCUAGAGAAAUUGUUGAAGAAAUAAUAACUGAAGAGGUUGUUGAAGAAAUGAAACCUGAAGAAUUAGUUGAAGAAAUGGUACCUGAAGAGGUUGUUGAAGAAAUGGUACCUGAAGAAGUUGUUGAAGAAAUGGUACCUGAAGAAGUUGUUGAAGAAGUAAUAACUGAAAAAUUAAUUGAAGAGGUUGUACCAGAAGAAAUCAUUGAAGAAUUAAUACCUGAAGAAUUAGUUGAAGAAGUUAUACCAGAAAAGUUAAUUGAAGAAAUGAUACCUGAAGAAGUUGUUGAAGAAAUGUUACUUGAAGAAGUUGUUGAAGAGGUGGUACCAGAAGUAGAAAUUGAGGAAAUGAUACCGGAACAAUUAGUAGAAGAAGUGGUUCCAGAAGAAUUGGUUGAAAAGGAGAUACCUGAAGUUGUUGAAGAAAUAAUAACUGAAGAGGUUGUUGAAGAAAUGGUACCUGAAGAGGUUGUUGAAGAAAUGGUACCUGAAGAAGUUGUUGAAGAAGUAAUACUUGAGAAAUUAAUUGAAGAGGUUGUACCAGUAGAAGUUAUUGAAGAAGUUGUACCUGAAGAAGUUAUUGAAGAAGUAAUACCUGAGAAAUUAAUUGAAGAAAUAAUACCUGAGGUACUAGUUGAGGAGGUUGUACCAGAAGAAUUGAUUGAAGAAGUUAUACCUGAGGUAUUAUUUGAAGAGGUUGUACCAGAGGUUGUUGAAGAGGUGGUACCAGAAGAACUAGUAGAAAAGGUUGUACCAGAAGAAAUAGUAGAAGAAGUUAUACCAGAGUUUGUGGAAGAGGUAAUAUCUGAGGAAAUAGUUGAAGAAGUGGUAACAGAAGAAUUGAUUGAAGAAAUGAUACCUGAAGAGGUUGUUGAAGAGGUUAUACCUGAAGAAUUAGUUGAAGAAGUUGUACCAGUAGAACUAAUAGAAGAAGUUGUACCAGUAGAACUAUUAGAAGAAGUUAUACCUGAAGAAUUAGUUGAAGAAGUUGUACCAGUAGAACUAAUAGAAGAAGUUGUACCAGUAGAACUAUUAGAAGAAGUUAUACCUGAAGAAGUUGUUGAAGAAGUAAUACCAGAAGUUGUUAAAGAGGUUGUACCAGAAGUUGUUGAAGAGGUUGUACCAGAAGUUGUUGAAGAGGUUGUACCAGAAGUUGUUGAAGAGGUUGUACCAGAAGUUGUUGAGGAGGUUGUACCAGAAGAAUUGAUUGAAGAAGUAAUACCUGAGGAAUUAAUUAAAGAGGUUUUACCAGAAGAAGUCAUCGAAGAACUAAAACCUGAAGAAUUGAUUGAAGAAAUUAUACCUGAAGAAGUUGUUGAAGAAGUAAUACCUGAAGAAUUGAUUGAAGAAAUGAUACCUGAGUUAUUAGUUGAAGAAGAGGUACCUGAAGAACUAGUAGAAGAAGUUAUACCUGAGGUAUUAGUUGAAGAGAUGGUACCUGAAGAAAUUGUUGAAGAAGUAAUACCAGAAGAAUUGAUUGCAGAGUUUGCACCAGAGGAAUUAUUUGAAAAGGUUAUACCUGAAGAAGUUGUUGAAGAGCUUGUAUCAGAGGAAUUAGUUGAAGAGGUUUUACCAGAGGUUGUUGAAGAAGUUUUACCAGAGGUUUUUGAAGAGGUUAUACCUGAAGAAGUUAUUGAAGAGAUUGUACCAGAAGAAGUUAUGGAAGAGGUUGUACCAAAAGAAUUGAUUGAAGAAGUUAUACCUGAAGAACUAAUUGAAGAGGUAAUACCUGAAGAAGUUGCUGAAGAAGUUGUACCAGAAAAAUUGAUUGAAGAAGUAAUACCUGAGGAAUUAAUUAAAGAGGUUGUACCAGAAGAACUAAUUGAAGAAGUAAUAACUGAAGAGGUUGUAGAAGAGGCGAUAUCUGAAGAAUUAGUUGAAGAAGUGGUACCUGAAGAAGUUGUUGAAGAAGUAAUACCAGAAGAAUUGAUUGAAGAAGUUGUACCAGAAGAAUUGAUUGAAGAAAUUAUACCAGAAGAACUAGUAGAAGAAGUUAUACCUGAAGAACUAGUUGAAGAGGUUGUACCAGAAGAACUAGUAGAAGAAGUUAUACCUGAGGAACUAGUUGAAGAGGUGGUACCAGAAGAACUGGUAGAAAAACUUAUACCAGAAGAACUAGUAGAAGAAGUUAUACCUGAGUUAUUAGUUGAAGAGGUUGUACCAGAAGAAGUAGUAGAAGAACUUAUACCAGAAGAACUAGUAGAAGAAGUUAUACCUGAGGAACUAGUUGAAGAGGUGAUACCUGAAGAAGUUCCUGAAGAGGUUAUACGAGAAGAACUAGUAGAAGAAGUUAUACCUGAGGAACUAGUUGAAGAGGUGAUACCUGAAGAAGUUCCUGAAGAGGUUGUACCAGAAGAACUAGUACAAGAAGUAAUACCUGAGGAACUAGUUGAAGAGGUGGUACAUGAAGAAGUUCCUGAAGAGGUUGUACCAGAAAAACUAGUAGAAGAAGUAAUACCUGAGGAAUUAUUUGAAGAGGUGGUACCUGAAGAAGUUCCUGAAGAGGUUGUACCAGAAGAACUAGUAGAAGAAGUUAUAUCAGAAGAACUAGUAGAAGAAGUAAUACCUGAGGAACUAGUAGAAGAAUUUAUACCAGAGGAAUUAGUUGAAGAGGUAAUACCUGAAGAACUAGUAGAAGAAGUAAUACCUGAGGAACUAGUAGAAGAAUUUAUACCAGAGGAAUUAGUUGAAGAGGUAAUACCUGAAGAACUAGUAGAAGAAGUUAUACCUGAAGUAUUAGUUGAAGAAGAGAUACCUGAAAAACUAGUUGAAGAGGUUGUACCAGAAGAACUAGUAGAAGAGGUUAUACCUGAGGUAUUAGUUGAAGAGGUGGUAACUGAAGAAGUUCCUGAAGAGGUUGUACCAGAAGAACUAGUAGCAGAAGUUGUACCAGAAGAACUAGUGAAAGAAGUUAUACCUGAGGAACUAGUUGAAGAGGUUAUACCUGAAGAAAUUGUUGAAGAGGUGAUACCUGAAGAAGUCGUUGAAGAGGUUGUACCAGAGGAAUUAGUUGAAGAGGUUAUACCUGAAGAAGUUGUUGAAGAGGUUAUACCUGAAGAAUUAGUUGAAGAAGUUGUACCAGUAGAACUAGUAGAAGAAGUUGUACCAGAAGAACUAGUGGAAGAAGUUAUACCUGAGGAACUAGUUGAAGAGGUUAUACCUGAAGAAAUUGUUGAAGAGGUGAUACCUGAAGAAGUCGUUGAAGAAGUAAUACCUGAGGAAAUAGUUGAAGAAGUGAUAUCUGAAGAAUUAAUUGAAGAAGUUGUACCAGUAGAACUAUUAGAAGAAGUUGUACCAGUAGAAGUAUUAGAAGAUGUUAUACCUGAAGAAGUUGUUGAAGAAGUAAUACCAGAAGAAUUUAUUGAAGAAAUGAUACCUGAAGAAAUUAUUGAAGAGGCGAUACCAGAAGAAAUUGUUGAAGAGGUGAUACCAGAAGUAGUUGAAGAGGUUGUACCAGAGGAAUUAGUUGAAGAGGUGAUACCUGAAGAAGUUGUUGAAAAGGUUGUACCAGAGGAAUUAGUUGAAGAAGUUAUACCAGAAGAACUAGUUGAAGAGGUGAUACCUGAAGAAGUUCCUGAAGAGGUUGUACCAGAAGAACUAGUAGAAGAAGUUAUAUCAGAAGAACUAGUAGAAGAAAUAAUACCCGAGGAACUAGUUGAAGAGGUGAUACCUGAAGAAGUUGUGGAAGAGGUUGUACCAGAGGAAUUAGUUGAAGAAGUUAUACCAGAGGAAUUAGUUGAAGAGGUGAUACCUGAAGAACUAGUAGAAGAAGUUAUACCAGAAGUUGUUGAAGAGGUUAUACCUGAAAAACUAGUUGAAGAAGUUGUACCAGAAGAAUUGAUUGAAGAAAUGAUACCUGAGGAAAUAGUUGAAGAAGUGGUACCUGAAGUUGUUGAAGAAGUAAUACCAGAAGAAUUGAUUGAAGAAGUUAUACCAGAGGAAUUAGUUGAGGAAGUUAUACCAGAAAAACUGAUUGAAGAAAUGAUACCUGAAGAAUUAGUUGAAGAAGUAAUACUAGAAGAAGUUGUAGAAGAAGUAAUACCAGAAGAAGUUGUAGAAGAGGUUUUACCAGAGGAAUUAGUUGAAGAGGUUGUACCAGAGGAAUUAGUUGAAGAAGUUGCACCAGUAGAACUAUUAGAAGAAGUUAUACCAGAAGAACUAUUAGAAGAAGUUAUACCAGAGGAAUUAGUUGAAGAAGUUAUACCAGAGGAAUUAGUUGAAGAUGUUAUACCAGAGGAACUAGUUGAAGAGGUGAUACCUGAAGAACUAGUAGAAGAAAUUAUACCUGAGGAACUAGUAGAAGAAGUUAUACCUGAGGUAUUAGUUGAGGAAGAAGUACCUGAAGAACUAGUAGAAGAAGUUAUACCAGAGGAAUUAGUUGAAGAGGUUAUACCAGAGGAAUUAGUUGAAGAGUUGAUACCUGAAGUUCUUGAAGAGGUUAUACCUGAAAAACUAGUUGAAGAAGUUGUACCAGUAGAACUAUUAGAAGAAGUAAUACCUGAGGAAUUGAUUGAAGAGGUUGUACCAGAAGUUCUUGUAGAGGUAAUACCUGAAAAAGUUGUUGAAGAAGUAAUACACGAGGAAAUAGUUAAAGAAGUGGUGCCAGAAGAAUUGGUUGAAGAGGUUGUACCUGAAGAGAUUGUUGAAGAGGUUGUACCAGAAGAAGUAUUAGAAGAAGUUAUACCUAAGGUAUUACUUGAAGAAGAGAUACCUGAAAAACUAGUUGAAGAGGUGAUACCUGAAGAAUUGAUUGAAGAGGUUGUACCAGAGGAGUUAGUUGAAGAGGUAAUGCCUGAAGAAGUUGUUGAAGAGGUUGUACCAGAGGAAUUAGUUGAAGAGGUUAUACCUGAAGAAGUUGUUGAAGAGGUUAUACCUGAAGAAUUAGUUGAAGAAGUUGUACCAGUAGAACUAUUAGAAGAAAUUGUACCAGUAGAACUAUUAGAAGAAGUUAUACCAGAAGAACUUGUAGAAGAAGUUAUACCUGAAGAAUUAGUUGAAGAGGUUGUACCAGAAGAAUUGGUUGCAGAGGUUAUACCUGAAAAGCUAGUAGAAGAAGUUAUACCAGAAAAACUUGUAGAAGAAGUUAUACCUGAAGAAUUAGUUGAAGAGGUUGUACCAGAAGAAUUGGUUGCAGAGGUUAUACCUGAAAAGCUAGUAGAAGAAGUUAUACCAGAAGAACUUGUAGAAGAAAUUAUACCUGAAGAAUUAGUUGAAGAGGUUGUACCAGAGGAAUUAGUUGAAGAGGUGGUACCAGAAGAACUAGUAGAAGAAGUUAUACCUGAAGAACUAGUAGAAGAAGUUAUACCUGAGGUAUUAGUUGAGGAAGAAGUACCUGAAGAACUAGUAGAAGAAGUUAUACCAGAGGAAUUAGUUGAAGAGAUGUUACCAGAAGAAUUGAUUGAAGUGGUUGUACCAGAGGAAUUAGUUGAAGAGGUGGUACCAGAAGAACUAGUAGAAGAGGUGGUACCAGAAGAAGUAGUAGAAGAAGUUAUACCAGAAGAACUAAUUGAAGAAUUAGUACCUGAAGUAGAAAUUGAGGAGAUAUUACCAGAAGAACUAAUUGAAGAAUUAGUACCUGAAGAAAUAAUUGAGGAAGUUAUACCUAAGGAAUUGAUUGAAGAAGUGAUACCAGAAGUAGUUGUUGAAGAGGUUGUACCAGAGGUAUUAGUUGAAGAGGUGGUACCAGAAGAACUAGUAGAAGAAGUUAUACCUGAGGUAUUAGUUGAGGAAGAAGUACCUGAAGAACUAGUAGAAGACGUUAUACCAGAGGAAUUAGUUGAAGAGGUGGUACCAGAGGAAUUAGUUGAAGAGGUGAUACCUGAAGAAGUUGUGGAAGAGGUUUUACCAGAGGAAUUAGUUGAAGAGGUUGUACCUGAAGAGAUUGUUGAAGAAGUUAUACCAGAGGAAUUAGUUGAGGAAGAAGUACCUGAAGAACUAGUAGAAGAAGUUAUACCUGAAGAAGUUGUAGAAGAGGUUAUACCUGAAGAAGUUCCUGAAAAGGUUAUACCAGAAAAACUAGUAGAAGAACUAAUACCAGAAGAAGUUGUAGAAGAACUAAUACCAGAAGAGGUUGUUGAAGAGAUGGUUCCUAUAGAAGUAGUUGAAGAGGUAGUUCCUACAGAAGUUCUUGAAGAGGUCAUACCUGAAAUAGUUGUUGAAGAGGUUGUACCAGAAGAAUUAGUUGAAGAAGUUAUACCAGAGGAACUAGUAGAAGAGGUGAUACCUGAAAUAGUUGUUGAAGAGGUUGUACCAGAAGAAUUAGUUGAAGAAGUUAUACCAGAGGAACUAGUAGAAGAGGUGGUACCAGAGGAAUUAGUUGAAGAGGUUGUACCUGAAGAGAUUGUUGAAGAGUUAUUACCUAAAGAAAUUGUUGAAGAGGUGAUAUAUGAAGAACAAGUAGAAGAGGUUAUACAUGAAGAAUUGGUUGCAGAGGUUAUACCUGAAGAAGUUGUUGAAGAGGUUGUACCAGAGGUUGUUGAAGAGGUUGUACCAGAAAUUGUUGCAGAGGUUAUACCUGAAGAAGUUGUUGAAGAGGUUGUACCAGAGGUUGUUGAAGAGGUUGUACCAGAGGUUGUUGAAGAAGUUAUACCUGAAGAAGUUGUUGAAGAAGUAAUACCAGAAGAAUUUAUUGAAGAAAUGAUACCUGAGGAAAUAGUUGAAGAAGUGGUACCUGAAGUUGUUGAAGAAGUAAUACCAGAGGAAUUAGUUGCAGAGGUUAUACCUGAAGAACUAGUAGAAGAAGUUAUACCUGAGGUAUUAUUUGAAGAAGAGAUACCUGAAGUAGUUGUUGAAGAGGUUGUACCAGAAGUUGUUGAAGAAGAGAUACCAGAAGUAGUUGUUGAAGAGGUUGUACCAGAAGUUGUUGAAGAAGUGAUACCAGAAGAAGUUGUAGAAGAACUAAUACCAGAAGAGGUUGUUGAAGAGAUGGUUCCUAUAGAAAUAGUUGAAGAGGUAGUUCCUACAGAAGUUCUUGAAGAGGUCAUACCUGAAAUAGUUGUUGAAGAGGUUGUACCAGAAGAAUUAGUUGAAGAAGUUAUACCAGAGGAACUAGUAGAAGAGGUGGUACCAGAGGAAUUAGUUGAAGAGGUUGUACCAGAGGUUGUUGAAGAGGUUGUACCAGAGGUUGUUGAAGAGGUUGUACCAGAGGAAUUAGUUGAAGAGGUGAUACCUGAGGUAGUUGUUGAAGAGGUUGUACCAGAAGAAUUAGUUGAAGAGGUGAUACCUGAAGAACUAGUAGAAGAAAUUAUACCUGAAGAAAUUGUUGAAGAGGUUAUACCUGAGGAAUUGAUUGAAGAGGUUGUACCAGAGGUAUUAGUUGAAGAGGUGAUACCUGAAGAACUAGUAGAAGAAGUUAUACCUGAAGAACUAUUUGAAGAGGUUGUACCAGAAGAAUUGGUUGCAGAGGUUAUACCUGAAGAAAUUGUUGAAGAGGUUAUACCUGAGGAAUUGAUUGAAGAGUUUGUACCAGAGGAAUUAGUUGAAGAAGAAGUACCUGAAGAACUAGUAGAAGAAGUUAUACCUGAAGUAUUAGUUGAAGAGGUUAUACCUGAAGAAUUUGUUGAAGAGGUGAUACCUGAAGAAAUUGUUGAAGAAGUUAUACCUGAAGAAAUUGUUGAAGAGGUUAUACCUGAAGAAGUUGUUGAAGAGGUGGUACCAGAAAUUGUUGCAGAGGUUAUACCUGAAGAAGUUGUUGAAGAGGUUGUACCAGAGGUUGUUGAAGAGGUUGUACCAGAGGUUAUUGAAGAGGUUGUACCAGAGGUUAUUGAAGAGGUUGUACCAGAGGUUGUUGAAGAGGUUGUACCAGAGGUUGUUGAAGAGGUUGUACCAGAGGUUGUUGAAGAAGUUGUACCAGUAGAAGUAUUAGAAGAAGUUAUACCUGAAGAAGUUGUUGAAGAAGUAAUACCAGAAGAAUUUAUUGAAGAAAUGAUACCUGAGGAAAUAGUUGAAGAAGUGGUACCUGAAGUUGUUGAAGACGUAAUACCUGAAGAAUUGAUUGCAGAGGUUGUAUCAGAGGAAUUAUUUGAAGAAGAGAUACCUGAAGAAUUAGUUGAAGUUGUACCAGUAGAACUAUUAGAAGAAGUUAUACCAGAAGAACUUGUAGAAGAAGUUAUACCUGAAGAAUUAGUUGAAGAGGUUGUACCAGAGGAAUUAGUUGAAGAGGUGGUACCAGAAGAACUAGUAGAAGAAGUUAUACCUGAAGAACUAUUUGAAGAGGUUGUACCAGAAGAACUAGUAGAAGAAGUUAUACCUGAAGAAAUUGUUGAAGAGGUUAUACCUGAGGAAUUGAUUGAAGAGUUUGUACCAGAGGAAUUAGUUGAAGAAGAAGUACCUGAAGAACUAGUAGAAGAAGUUAUACCUGAAGUAUUAGUUGAAGAGGUUAUACCUGAAGAAUUUGUUGAAGAGGUGAUACCUGAAGAACUAGUAGAAGAAGUUAUACCUGAAGAACUAUUUGAAGAGGUUGUACCAGAAGAACUAGUAGAAGAAGUUAUACCUGAAGAAAUUGUUGAAGAGGUUAUACCUGAGGAAUUGAUUGAAGAGGUUGUACCAGAGGUAUUAGUUGAAGAGGUGAUACCUGAAGAACUAGUAGAAGAAGUUAUACCUGAAGAACUAUUUGAAGAGGUUGUACCAGAAGAAUUGGUUGCAGAGGUUAUACCUGAAGAAAUUGUUGAAGAGGUUAUACCUGAGGAAUUGAUUGAAGAGUUUGUACCAGAGGAAUUAGUUGAAGAAGAAGUACCUGAAGAACUAGUAGAAGAAGUUAUACCUGAGGUAUUAGUUGAGGAAGAAGUACCUGAAGAACUAGUAGAAGAAGUUAUACCAGAGGAAUUAGUUGAAGAGAUGUUACCAGAAGAAUUGAUUGAAGUGGUUGUACCAGAGGAAUUAGUUGAAGAGGUGGUACCAGAAAUUGUUGAAGAGGUUGUACCAGAGGAAUUAGUUGAAGAGGUGAUACCUGAAGAAGUUGUGGAAGAGGUUUUACCAGAGAAAUUAGUUGAAGAGGUUGUACCAGAAAUUGUUGAAGAGGUUGCACCAGAAGUUGUUGAAGAGGUGAUACCUGAAGAACUAGUAGAAGAAAUUAUACCUGAGAUAUUAGUUGAAGAGGUGGUUCCUAUAGAAGUAGUUGAAGAGGCGGUACCUGAAGUAGUUGUUGAAGAGGUGGUACCUGAAAAGAUUGUUGAAGAGGUGGUACCAGAAAAAGUAUUAGAAGAAGUUAUACCUGAGUUAUUAGUUGAAGAAAUCGUACCUAUUGAAGUUGUAGGGGAAAUAGUACCUGAGGAAGUCGUUGAAAAAAUCGUACCUAUGGAAGUAGUUGAAGAAUUAUUACCAGAAGUAGUAGAAGAAGUACCACAUGAAAUAGUAGAGGAGGAAGUUGUUAAAGAGGUGAUACCAGAAGAUGAAAAGAAAGUAGAGAUUGUAGAAAUAAUUAUUGAAGAAAAAGUGGAGAAAAUACCAAAGAAAAAAGUUAUAGAGAAAAAGAAGGAAAAAGAAAAAAUUAGGAAACCCAAAAAAAAGGUGGAAAAAGAAAUUAAACCUAAAGAAGUUAAAGGUGUGAAAGGUAAAUUAAAAAAAGAUGUAAAGGCUAAGCAUCUAAAGGGUUCUAAAGUUAAAAUUACAGAAGACAUUCAGAAGAAAAUGGAAGAUGAUAUCAAAGAAAAAAUCAUGGAAAAGGAACUUAAGGAAGAAAUAAAAGAUAAGGAAUAUUUAAGAAAAGUUAUACCCAAAGAAGAAAAGAAAGAACCAAUACCAAAAAAAGGAAAAUCUGUAGAACCAAAAAAGGAAAAGCAGGCUGGAGUUAAAAAAGAAAAAGUUCCGGAAACUAAAAAAGAAAAAGCUCCAGCACCUAAGAAAGAAAAAGUUCAAGCACCUAAAAAAGAAAAAGUUCCAGCACCUAAAAAAGAAAAACCAGCAGUACCGAAAAAAGAAAAAGUUCCGGAACCUAAAAAGGAAAAAGUUCCAGAACCUAAAAAAGAAAAAGCUCCAGCACCUAAGAAAGAAAAAGUUCAAGCACCUAAAAAAGAAAAAGCUCCAGCACCUAAAAAAGAAAAAGCUCCAGCACCUAAAAAAGAAAAAGCUCCAGCACCUAAAAAAGAAAAAGCUCCAGCACCUAAAAAAGAAAAACCAGCAGUACCGAAAAAAGAAAAACCAGCAGUACCGAAAAAAGAAAAAGUUCCGGAAACUAAAAAAGAAAAAGUUCCAGAAACUAAAAAAGAAAAAGUUCCAGAAACUAAAAAAGAAAAAGUUCCAGUACCUAAGAAAGAAAAAGUUCCAGCACCUAAAAAAGAAAAAGUUCCAGCACCUAAAAAAGAAAAAGUUCCAGCACCUAAAAAAGAAAAACCAGCAGUACCGAAAAAAGAAAAAGUUCCGGAAACUAAAAAAGAAAAAGCUCCAGAACCUAAAAAAGAAAAAGCUCCAGAACCUAAAAAAGAAAAAGCUCCAGAACCUAAAAAAGAAAAAGCUCCAGAACCUAAAAAAGAAAAAGCUCCAGCACCUAAGAAAGAAAAAGUUCCAGUACCUAAGAAAGAAAAAGUUCCAGCACCUAAGAAAGAAAAAGUUCCAGCACCUAAGAAAGAAAAGCCAGCAGUACCGAAAAAAGAAAAAGUUCCUGAAACUAAAAAGGAAAAAGAAAAGGAUUCACAACCAAAGAAGGAAAAGGCAAAGGAAACAUCACGUCCUCCAAAGAAAGAAAAAGAAAAGGGGAAAUAA